AUGCAGCUUAUCGUGUCAAAUUUCACGGAAUCUCAGGUGUGUACUACAUUCACGGUAGAUCAGCUGCCAGAGUUCUAUGACCAGUUUGCACUGGAUAGUUGUGAAACAGAAGAGGAAUUGCUUUCGCGCUUGGCAUUACACGAUUGUAUGUGGUCAAGAGUAGGAUCGUCAUUAUCAGAUGUGUCUACAUCCCGAGUUAUAGAGUUGCUGAAAAGCUCUAAUCCAGCGUGCAGAUUUGCUGGUGCGAAAGCAGUGGAAACUUUUGCACGGUCCCGUCUUGGCGAUACAAUUUCUCGGUUGCUGUCACCUUUGUCUGUGAUGCUCACUAACGUCUCCAUCGAAAGUGAAAGACGAGGAGCUAUUGAAGCCUUGUUGAGGUUAUCGCUGAUGCAUACUGCUUUGACCGGUGUCGUAUCGCUACUAGCACCAUUGGCUUUUGUGCGGAUGACUGAUAAACUGGAGGAGAUUCGUGAAGCUGCUGGCGAAGCGUUUAGGAACAUGGUGCCUCUGCUGGCCUUGGAGGUUGCAGCAGAAGAAGACAUCGAGUGCGAGGAGCAGGACGAUUCGCUACAGGUUAGGUUUGUAGAAGUAUAUGGGCACCUUCGUCUCAUGAAGUGA